CGGACCGGCACUGUUUGCUAGUAGUUUUGCAACUAAUUUCGAAACAUACUCCAUAUGUAAAUAUUAUUACUUUUAAGAUGUUGUAAUCUGUUUUGUGUGGCUUUGAUAAAUAAAAUUAAUUAUCCAAGUGAAAGUAGUCUCUGAGUGGAAUCCAAACUGUUAAUAUUGUUCUUGCAGCGUUAAAAGUGACAAUGUGUGACAAAGACACUCGUCUAGACGGGAAGACUGUAAUUGUAACCGGAGGCAGUUCUGGGAUAGGAUACGAAACGGCAAAAGACCUUGCGUUUCGCGGAGCUAAAGUGAUCAUCGCAAGCCGAAAUGAAACCAAACUCACCCAAGCGAGAGAUGAAAUUCAAAAAAUAACGAACAACAAACUUGUUUCAUACGAUCUGGUAGAUUUUGCAUCCCUUCAAUCAGUCAGAAAUUUCGCUUCAAAUACCAUCAAUACACAAGACCGACUCGACAUACUCAUCAACAAUGCUGCAACGAUAGGACUCCCUGAUCGUUUAACUGAGGAUGGACUCAAUUUAUCGAUGCAAGUGAACUACUUUGGGACAUUCUUACUUACAUAUCUAUUGCUGCCUUUACUGAAGAAGUCAGCUCCGAGUCGAAUAAUCAACAGUUCUUCAUCAGCGAUGUUAGUCGGGCACAUCGACUUCAACCAUUGGAAUGAUGUAGGAAGAUACAAUAACUCCAUAGAACUUUAUGCGAACUCUAAAUUAGCGCUUGCAUUAUUUACAGCAGAACUGGAUAAUCGAUUUAAGGAUAGUGGUGUGACUUCGAACAGUUUUGAUCCAUCCGUGGUUCGAGAUACAGAUAUUUUGAAGGUCCUUCCCGAUGCGGUUAAGAAUAUUUAUAAAUUGUUUGUCGAUUUUGUUGGGCAGACUAAAGAACAGGUGGGGAGACAAGUCUCAGCACUAGCAGCUGACCCUAAGCUCGAUAUUGAAAGUGGUCAGGUAUAUAUGUUUUGUCGGAAAUGGAUAAAUCACUGGUUGGUCAGUAAUCGAAAAUUUACGAAAACCCUUUGGGACAUUACAAAAAGUCUUAUUAAAAUAAGACCCGAAGAAGAUUGGGAAAUUAAUACUGUGUGAAAUUUAGUAAAAGUGUAAAAAUUUGUAGGUAAUUUAUGUACAUACUGGUUUUUCUAUCAUUGAUAAAAUAAUAAUAAUUAAUUGUAUUAAUUUGUGAGUUUCGUUUGUGCUCUCUGCAUUUUAUAACUAGGAUCACAAGAUUCAUUUUUGAAAAAAUCCAA